GUAAACUUUCGACUUUCUCUCAGGCAUUUGAUCAAACACUUCUCCUUCAUCUUCCUCAGCCAUGGCUGCUACUCAUGCUUCCUCCUCUUCUUCCACUCUCAGAGCCAUUUCUUCCUCUGCUAAGCACCCUUCAGCCUACCCCACCUCUCUCCGCUCACUUCUAAAACCCCAGCCAUUUAACCCUUUGGUUUCAAAAAAUAGUCUCCGCAUCAGCACCCCGGCCGCCGGCGCCACCUCCAGGAAAUCGCUCACCGUCAGUUGCCUCGCCAGCCCAUCCGCCAAAGUUCAAGAACUGCAUCUGUACGAGAUCAACGAGCGUGAUCGUGGCAGUCCGGCGUAUCUCCGGUUGAGCAAACAAACGGUCAACACUCUCGGCGACCUAGUCCCAUUCUCCAACAAGUUGUACACCGGCGAUUUGCAGAAGAGGGUAGGGAUAACCGCCGGACUGUGUAUUCUGAUCAAGCACGAAGAGGAGAAGAAAGGCGACCGUUACGAGGCGAUAUACAGCUUCUACUUCGGCGACUACGGCCAUCUCGCCGUUCAGGGGCAGUACCUGACGUAUGAGGACACCACUUUGGCGGUCACCGGCGGAUCUGGGAUCUUUGACGGAGUCUCCGGUCAGGUCAAGCUCCAGCAACUCAUUUUCCCGUUCAAGCUCUUCUACACUUUCCACUUGAAGGGUAUUCCUGAUCUGCCGGCGGAGCUAUGCGGCACGCCGGUGCCGCCGUCACCCGCCGUGGAGCCGUCUCCCGAGGCCAAAGCGUGCGCGCCUGGGGCCACCAUUCCGAACUUCUCGAAUUAGUCGAUUAAUUUACCGGUUCUGGGACCCACAGGGUCAUUUAAUUUACGAAUUAGUACCAAUUACUGUACUACAUAUUUUCAGUUCUGACUGUUGUCACGAUGACGUGGCAUAAUUUGGAGUUUUAAUAAAGCAAUUAGCGUUACAGCACGUUUUUCCAUAUAUUAAACAUGAGUAUACAUUGUCACUUUAUUUAUUAGUGUGUUAAUUCAAAUUGAGAAUAAAAUUGGGAUGAAGAUAAUGAGAUUGUUUGUUUUUUG